AUUGUUUCAUUAUAACAAUCUCCAUAAUUUAAUACCCCUUCAUACUUUACGUGACAAUACGAUUAUACCCUUGAGAAGGCCAAAUGGAUCCGCUUUCUUGCUGGAGUGUUGGAGUUCCCAUUCGGUUGGCUACGGAGCUACGGAUGAAGAUGCACUGACGCUCGUCUUUCUUUUCUCGUUGAGAUUUGGGAAGCAGUUGCAUCCAAUUGCAAGCACAAAAAAGAAUCCUUUCCAUUCAUUAUUUUGGUUAUUUUCUUUUCUACAACUAUUCUUGACCAUGUCUCUCCCUGAUAUCGUUCCCCCAGGUGUUGUCACUGGCGACAACCUCCUUGCCCUUUUGACCCAUGCCAAGGACAAUGGAUAUGCCAUCCCUGCUUUCAACUGCACCAGUUCCUCCACUGCCAAUGCCGCCAUGGAAGCUGCUCGCAAGUUCAACUCCCCCGUCAUGAUCCAAGUGUCGAACGGAGGAGGUGCCUUUUACGCCGGCAAGGGAAUCAAAGACCCCAACAACUGUGCCGCUGGUGCCGUCGCCUUGGCGAUGCACGUUCGUACCAUGGCUCCUUACUAUGGAAUCCCCGUUGUCUUGCACUCGGAUCACUGUGCCAAGAAAUUGUUGCCCUGGUUCGAUGGCAUGAUUGCCGCUGACGAAGAAUAUUUCAAGCAAUACGGCGAGCCCUUGUACAGUUCUCACAUGUUGGAUCUUUCCGAAGAACCCGAUGAGGAUAACAUUGCCAUUUGUGCCCAAUACUUUGAACGAUUGGUCAAGAUGAAGAUCUGGCUGGAGAUGGAAAUUGGAAUCACUGGAGGAGAGGAAGAUGGUGUCAACAAUGAGGAUGUCGACCCCGAAAAACUCUACACCAGCCCCGAGCAAGUCUAUGCCGUCUACGAAAGACUCUCCAAAAUUGGAAACAUGUUCUCCAUUGCGGCUGCUUUUGGAAAUGUCCACGGUGUCUACAAGCCCGGUAAUGUCACUCUCCAGCCCGAACGUCUUGGAAAACACCAAGCGUACGCCAAGGAAAAGCUCGGUUCCGACUCGGACAAGCCCAUCUUUUUGGUCAUGCACGGAGGAUCCGGUUCCACCGACGACGAAAUCAAGACGGCCGUCGAAAAUGGUGUCGUCAAGAUGAACAUUGAUACCGACACCCAGUGGGCCUACUGGAACGGAUUGCGUGAAUUCGAAAAGGACAAGCACGAUUACUUGCAGGGACAAAUCGGUAACCCCACCGGCGCUGACAAGCCCAACAAGAAAUUCUACGAUCCACGUGUCUGGGUCCGCAAGGCAGAAGAGGCCAUGAUUGAACGUUGUGCGACUUCCAUGGAGAAACUGCUCUGCAAGGGCAAGUACGAAGCCAAGGUCCCCGAACCUGGUUCACUUCCUCUUUACGGAUUCAAGCCCAAGGCCACCGGUCCCGUCGGUAUGGUCAAGGAUGCUUUGGGUCUCUAAACAGACAGUUGGCAUCGAAUGGCAUUGCACUGACCGUUGUGUAGCGGUGCAGUGUUGUCUUGGCUUGGCUUGCUCUAACGACAAACAACAAGACUUGUUGGCGAAUUUUCUGUGGCUAUAUUACCUUUUUCAACAAGAAGGGAAUUGGAUCAAAAAUGCUGGAAGGAUUAUGCUCCGUCCCAGUGACUUUUUUCAUAUAUCGUAAUCAAUAAACAUAGUAGGAAGAAUCUGAUGAAUGGGCUGUAGUGUCGCGUUGCGUUCUGGUCUGUUUGUUGUUCCCGUUGUCCUCUCGCCUUUGGUUUCUCCGAGCUCUGGCUGCGGGGCUACUACGUAUGGAAGCUGGUUUUGGGAAACUGGAAUCUGGUGUUUUGCCUGCUCCCUGCCUUCUCCCUUGGGAACGCUGAAAAGGGUCAGGGUUUGGACGGCUCAUUAAGUGCCCACACGGAUGCUUCAUCGGUUGUCGCUUUGCUGCACGACUUUAUUCCUUCUGGAUUCAUCAUUGGCUGGCUAUGAAAGGCUGGAAUCCAGCAUCCCAUUCCACCUCUGUUGGAUGUAACGAGGACGCAAUAUGGCGAUUCAAAGUGCUUUGAUUUGAUUGCUUGCUGCUGGAGCAUCUCUUGCGAGAGUACUUCAAGGAAGGUCUGGUUCUUUACUCGCACUCUUUCAAUAGGGCGGUGAAUGCCAAGUUCCGGUGCGAUCAGCGCGGGAGGUAGCUACCUUGCCGGCUUCCGUAUUUUACCUUAUUAGCUUUAGCUUUGGAACUUCGAA